CUUGGGAGGAAGACAGUCCGGUGUGGCCCUGCUCAUCUGCCAGUUCCCUCUGCUCCUGCCGGUCUCCACCCGUACCAGCCAUGGGAACUCUCGCUGGACACUUGCUUCCAGAAGUGUUCUUACUCCUCUUGGCACUGUACUAUUCAGUGUUACUAUCCCUGGCCCUGCUAUGGGGACAGAGGUCCUUCAAACCCACUCUGCCCCCAAGGGAGAAGCGAGGACGCAGUCUGUGGCACUGGGUACCACUGGAGGGAAUGUUGAAGGUGUUUUUCACUUUUACUGGCAUCUUAGGUGAGCUCUUCUACCCCCCAGGGGCAAACCGGACGAGGCUGGUAGACUGGGGCGACCCUCAGCGGCCGUUUUUGUUCAAGGACAGCUGGCAGCACAUCACCAUGUACUCCUUCUUUAUGUUCAGUGGGGUGGUGGACAUCGUCAGCCAGAGGUUAUCUGGCCCGCAGAAUGUGAAGUUGGAGCGGGCAGCCGAGGCCCUGGCCUUCUACGUGGUGGUGCUGCUGAUGGCUGCCCACAUUGAGAACAGGAGCACCCUGGAGAUCCGAGUGCACAUCCUGUUCAUGGUGCCCACCUUCCUGGUAGCCCUGAUGCUCAACAUCGAAGUCUGGGUCCCAGACCAGCCCCCAGUCUGGGUGUUCAAGACCUGGAUGGGGCUGGUGCUCAGCAGCUGGCUGCUGCAGCUGUGUGUGGUGUUGUACACUCCUCCCUCCGGACAGCCCUGGCGGACCAACAACCCCACGGACAUGGCCUUCCUGACCACCUUCUUCUGCUGGCACCUGGGCUUAAUGGCUGUCCUGCUGGCUGCUAUCUAUGGCCUCUGCAGCCUCUGGUUUCGUCACUACCCUUCCUGGAUGGGCUGCGCAGGGGCCACGUACAAGACGUGUCCCACCGAAGCCAGCAGUGAAGAGCUGGAGAGGCUCAGGGAGGAGGAUGAGCUGCAGAAUGGAGGUGUCUAGGUACAGAGGCUUCUUUGUGCUUUGUCCUCUGGGAUGAGUUUCAGGCGCUUGAAAUGUUCUGGAAUCCAGAGUGUGGCUUUCUGUCCGGUGUUCCCAAAUAAACCUCCCAGGUGCAAGGACGCCUUUUAUCUGUCACUCUGUUGUCCUUGCCUGUUUCAUCGCUCGCAGCGUUCCUGGCCACGCGCGUGCGGGAAGGCAGAGCAAGGAGGAACGCUGUGGGGGCCCAGAGGAAGGAGUGAGGGGAUGGAGGAGGAAGUGGGCGGGCACCCAGGAGGACUGGAUCUGCUCCGGGUCAGUGCGCGCCUGAGCCUGCGGUGGGAGUGGUGCGAGCUGGGAAAGACAGAGGGCUCCUUGGUGCACAGUGGUGAGAGCCUCUCUUCCUCUUUAGUUUAGAUCCGCAUCAAGCGUAGCAGGAUCACUUCUCUGGCUUUUUUUCUUUUUAGAAAACGGAGACAACAAGGUUCUGGGUUCAAUCCCCAGUACAAAGCAAAACAACCAAAACAGAAGGAAGCUACUUCCGUCUCCUGAGAAAAUAAGAGGUUGCUGGUGGGGUGGGAGGCAGGAUGGGGCCAUCGGUCUCACCAGGGCUUAAGUCCAGAGGAAAAGGGCCAGGGAGGAGUUCCCAAGGUAGUUGUGAGACGCGAACAUUACUGAAAUAUGACUUUCAGGGGUCUGGGUUUUGCUGUGGUGACAACCACUGCAUCCUUCCACUCCUGUGGUGACGUCCACUGCAUCGAUGACGUCCUGUGUGCACGAUUCUCUCAGGAACCAAGGCCGAGGUGCACAUCUUCGUCGGGGGCCGCAGGGGAGCAACUGCCACGAAAUCGGUGGUAGCUGGGAGAGGUGCCAGUGACUCUCUAUUCGCUUUUAUUUUGCUUUUCCUCACUGGGACGGGACCUGGUGCCUCACACGUGCUAUGCAAGGUAUGGACCACUGAGUUACAUCCCCAGCCCUUGUUUCUCUCUGUGCUUGGUCAGUGCUGGGGUCGAAGGCGGUGCCUGGGGCGUGCUGGGCAAAUGCGCUACCACUGAGCCUCCCCAGCCCUGCACGCUUCUGGAGACUGGAGCACUCAGUGAGAGAGGACCCGAGGGCGUCAGAGACCCAGCCAUCUGCAAGAGCUGUGAGCCAGUCAGAAAGCCGUUUCUUCUGAGGGCAGGAGCAGGCCGAAGCGAGAUGGAGACACCAGCGUUUGGAAGGGUAAAGAGGCAGCAGAAGGGAGCCCACGCUGGCCAGGGACGUAGACAGAGAGCCCCGGAGAGAGGAUCCCACCACGAAGCUGUUGCACUCACACUGCUCCCCGGGCAGCCGGAAACCCUCUCCUUGGAGAAGGGAAAGUUUCGGGGAGCACAGAGGUGGACAGGGUGGCAGGUGAGACGGCUGCACACUGUAGUCUGAGGAUGCAGCUGACGCCCUGUGGACAAACACACAGGGCACAGACUUGGGCAAGGGAUCCCUGAGAGAAGGGGGCGAGGGUAAGAAGGGCUGGGGUCUGGCGCCUCACUCUGACCAGCUUAACACGGGGACUCGGGACCUCAAAGGAGGCGAAAGGUGUCUCCUCAUCAGCUGGAACCGGGCCAGUGCCAGCUUCCCUCCCCAGAAGAGCAGGAAGCAACUCAGGGAGAGGCCGUGCUCUUCCUCUGUCCCCACCCCAGACCCACCCUGAGAUUAAGAAAGCGUGUGCUUCUAGGAACCUCACUUUAUGUGUCCUGUUCAGGGCCCUGGAAGGUUCCCACGAUCACAUCUCACUGCAAGUUGGCGUCUCACCGAAGAUCUGCAGAAGUGAGGCUUUUGUCGUUGUUGUAUUCAUUGUCCUAAAGGGGGUCCUCCAAAAUCUGUCAGCUUUAGGCUCUGCAAAACUUGGCUGUGCCCUGGCUCUGGGACCUUACAGGUUACUUUCAGGAUGCCUUAUGAUUAACACAGAACUGCAGUUGUUGGAACAUUCUUCAUUGGAGAACAAUGCUAAGCGUCUUCCUCCUCCAACCUUAGAAGAAGAGGCUUAAAACCUUAAUUACUUUGUCGGUGGGAAUGUAAAUUUUUACAACCCCUAUGGAAAUCAGUAUGGAGUUUCUUCCACAAACUAAAACUAGAUAUUCUCUUGGAUGCAGAUAUUCUCCUUCUAGGUAUCUUCUAGAAACAGUUAAGACAUC